AUGCAAGGCGUGUAUCUCCCACGGCUCCAACGUGCCGCGCGCUCCGGACCGCUAAACUUAGCCGCGGCUCCUGCUAACGCUAAAAAACGCCACACGGAUUUAGUGCGUUCGAAAAUACGCUUCGGAAGCGUUCGACGGGAGUUGCAGCAAACGUGGCCGGGUUGCCGGCGGCGGCACGCGCGCCUGCCGGAAGGUCAAGGUCCCCCGGGUCAAUGCUGGGCUGCAGGGGGCCGUGGGGUGGCGGGGGCCGCGUGGGCGUCGCCACGGCAACCAGCCCACGCCGCCCACGCGCCGAGCAGAAAUGUUGAAAAAAGUUUACAAAACCUGGAAAUUGCAAAUCCCUGGUCGUGUCUCUGCGAGGAAGGUGUAUUUUCCGACAUUUUCCUUUAUCCGCCACCGGCGAGGCGUUAUGGGGAAAAUCAAAAAGGGGUACAAGCGGGGCGGGGGCCAUCACGCGCGUUGAGCAAGCCGCCGCGCGCUGUCCCGUGUAAUGUCGUCACUGCACGGCCGAUGACGUCACGCAUCGCAGGGCACUUGCGUGCCGCUGUGGUGCGCCGAAGACCGCCACCCUCGGAACGUGCAGUAGACCGGAAUCCAUCUCGGCCCGCACCCGACCUCCUUCGUUUAUUAACACGUUGCCCUAAUACGUCAUCUGAAACG